AUGGCGAUGUCGGGGAUGAGAGGACUCUCCGUGUUUAUAAGCGACAUCCGCAAUUGCCAGAAUAAAGAACAAGAGAGGCUUCGUGUUGAUAAAGAGCUCGGCAAUAUUCGUACUCGUUUCAAAAACGAAAAGGCUUUGACUCCUUAUGAAAAAAAGAAAUAUGUUUGGAAAAUGCUUUACAUAUACAUGCUUGGUUAUGAUGUGGAUUUUGGCCACAUGGAGGCUGUUUCUCUUAUAUCUGCCCCAAAGUAUCCAGAAAAACAGGUUGGGUACAUAGUAACAUCAAGUUUGCUUAAUGAAAAUCACGACUUUCUCAGGUUGGCCAUAAAUACCGUGCGUAAUGAUAUCAUUGGUCGGAAUGAAACCUUCCAGUGCCUAGCAUUAACUAUGGUUGGAAAUAUUGGUGGCCGAGAAUUCGCUGAGUCCUUAGCACCUGAUGUACAGAAGUUGCUGUUAUCUAGCAGCUGCAGGCCCCUUGUGAGAAAAAAAGCUGCAUUGUGUUUGCUGCGACUGUACAGGAAAAAUCCCGAUGUUGUCAAUGUAGAUGGAUGGGCGGAUCGAAUGGCUCAACUUUUGGAUGAACGAGACCUUGGUGUUUUAACAUCUUCUAUGAGUCUUCUUGUUGCUUUAGUAUCAAACCAACACGAGGCAUAUUGGAGUUGUCUUCCUAAGUGUGUCAAAACUUUAGAGCGGCUUGCUAGGAAUCAGGAUAUCCCACAAGAAUACACUUAUUAUGGUAUCCCAUCUCCAUGGCUUCAGGUCAAAACAAUGAGAGCUCUUCAGUAUUUUCCUACCAUUGAAGAUCCAAAUACCAGAAGAUCAUUGUUUGAGGUCUUACAAAGGAUACUGAUGGGAACCGAUGUUGUGAAAAAUGUAAACAAAAACAAUGCUUCCCAUGCUGUUCUUUUUGAAGCCCUUGCUCUGGUAAUGCAUCUUGAUGCUGAAAAGGAGAUGAUGUCUCAAUGUGUGGCUCUUCUUGGAAAAUUUAUUGCUGUCCGGGAACCAAAUAUUCGUUAUCUUGGCUUGGAGAAUAUGACUAGAAUGUUGAUGGUUACAGAUGUGCAAGAUAUCAUAAAAAGACAUCAAGCCCAAAUUAUUACCUCAUUGAAAGAUCCUGACAUCAGUAUUCGGAGGCGUGCUCUAGAUUUGCUUUAUGGCAUGUGUGAUGUUACAAACGCAAAGGAUAUAGUUGAAGAACUACUGCAGUAUCUCAGCACAGCAGAGUUUGCAAUGCGUGAAGAAUUGUCACUUAAAGCGGCUAUUCUAGCUGAGAAGUUUGCACCAGAUCUUUCAUGGUAUGUUGACGUGAUUCUUCAAUUAAUUGACAAGGCUGGGGAUUUUGUUAGUGACGACAUCUGGUUUCGAGUGGUACAGUUUGUUACAAACAACGAAGACCUACAGCCUUAUGCUGCAGCAAAAGCUCGAGAGUAUCUUGACAAACCUGCCAUACACGAGACAAUGGUUAAGGUCAGUGCAUAUUUACUUGGGGAAUUUGGACACCUUCUGGGGAGACGACCUGGGUGCAGCCCAAAGGAACUAUUUAACAUCAUACAUGAGAAGCUUCCUACUGUAUCGAUUCCUACUAUAUCUAUACUUCUGUCAACAUAUGCUAAAAUUCUGAUGCACUGUCAACCACCAGACCUUGAACUGCAGAAUCAGAUAUGGGCAAUAUUUAAAAAAUAUGAAAGCUCAAUUGAAGUUGAAAUACAACAACGAGCAGUUGAAUACUUUGCUUUGAGUAGAAAAGGUGAAGCCUUAAUGGAUAUAUUGGCUGAAAUGCCUAAAUUCCCUGAGAGACAGUCUGCAUUAAUUAAAAAGGCCGAAGAUACUGAAGUUGAUACUGCAGAAACAAGUGCCAUUAAGUUGCGUGCUCAGCAACAAUCUCAAACAUCAAAUGCUUUGGUUGUAACGGACCAAAGUCAAGCUAACGGAGCUCCUCCGCAUGUCGGCCAACUCAGUCUUGUAAAGAUGCCCAUCACAAGCAGUAAUGUGGAUGAUAUUUCAGCAGAUCAAAGAUUAUCCCAGGAUAAUGGGACUUUGAAUAACAUAGAUUCUCAACAACCGUCUGCAGAUCUUCUUGGUGAUCUGUUGGGUCCUUUGGCUAUUGAAGGCCCUCCUAGUAGCAGUGGCCACCCUCAGGCAAGCUCAAAUCCAGGAAUAGAAGGGACUGCAGUCGAUGCCACAGCCAUAGUUCCCGCUGGACAAGAUGCCAGUUCUGUGCAGCCAAUCGGAAAUAUUGCUGAAAGAUUUCAGGCUUUGUGCGUGAAGGAUAGUGGUGUUCUAUAUGAGGAUCCUUAUAUUCAGAUUGGCAUUAAAGCAGAAUGGAGAGCUCAUCAAGGUCAUCUUGUUCUUUUCUUGGGGAACAAGAAUACUUCUCCUCUUAUAGCUGUUCAGGCUUUAAUAUUGCCUCCCAUUCAUUUGAAGAUGGAGCUCUCUCUAGUACCGGAUACUAUACCACCCCGAGCACAAGUACAAUGCCCACUUGAGAUCAUUAAUCUCCACCCAAGCAGGGAUGUUGCCGUUAUUGACUUCUCGUACAAGUUUGGUAACGAUAUGGUCAAUGUCAAGCUUCGCCUACCAGCUGUCCUAAAUAAAUUUCUUCAGCCUAUAACUAUAUCUCCAGAAGAAUUUUUCCCGCAGUGGAGAUCGCUUCCUGGACCACCUUUGAAGCUUCAAGAAGUUGUUAGAGGCGUUAGACCACUUCCACUGCUUGAAAUGGCAAACUUAUUCAAUAGUUUCCACUUGAUAGUUUGCCCAGGGCUUGAUCCCAAUCCAAACAAUAUUGUUGCAAGUACAACAUUUUAUUCAGAAAGUACAAGGGCAAUGCUCUGUUUGGCAAGAGUUGAAACAGACCCAGCAGAUAGAACCCAGCUACGAAUGACAGUUGCUUCAGGGGACCCAACACUAACAUUUGAGCUGAAGGAGUUUAUCAAGGAACAAUUAGUGAGUAUCCCUCUAGCUUCCCGUGUACCACCAACGCAAGCAGCUCCAAUGUCUCCAGUGGCUCAACCAGCUAGUGCUCCUUCUCCUGCAGCAUCGGACGAUCCUGGGGCACUCCUUGCUGCUCUUCUAUGA